AACUGCUUUUUCACUGUUGGCUUUGCUCGAUUGCUUGCUUUGUUUCUUUCUUUCUCCGCAUAUUUGGAUUUCUCUAACUCUCCCUUUCCCUUCUUCAAGCAAACAUAAAACCCUACUCCAUCUCUCUCUCUGCAACACAAAUCGCUGGUGACCUGGACCUUCCUAGACGCUAACCAGCAACUUUACUUUUUAUUAUUAUUUUUUUAAUGUGAAAUACAAAAAAAAUUCUGGACGAAGUAAUUGUUGAUCGUGUAUUUUUAGUAGAAGCCCGAGAGCGAUACUUCCACUGGGAGUGAUGAUGGGAAGCAAUGCACUGUUUGGAACAGGAAUUGGAUCCGACGUUGAUCAAUUGUAUUCUAUAACUUUGUUUGUGGCUUUACUGAGUGCGUGCAUAGUGAUUGGCCAUUUGCUCGAAGAAAACCGCUGGAUUAACGAGUCUAUUACGGCUCUGCUCAUCGGGUUGUGCAGUGGGAUCGUUAUUUUGCUAACAACUAAUGGCAAGAGUUCCCGCAUCUUAGAAUUCGAUGAACAGCUGUUUUUCAUUUAUCUUCUCCCACCUAUUAUAUUUAAUGCUGGGUUUCAAGUGAAAAAGAAGCAAUUCUUCCGAAACUUUAUGACCAUUGUGCUAUUUGGUGUAGUUGGUACUCUGAUAUCCUUCUGUAUCAUAUCCUUUGGUGCCAAAAGUUUCUUUGCAAAUCUGGACAUUGGAUCCCUGGAGUUGCAAGAUUAUCUUGCAAUUGGAGCUAUAUUUUCAGCAACCGAUUCUGUUUGUACAUUGCAGGUGCUAAAUCAGGAUGACACGCCUUUGCUUUACAGUCUAGUUUUUGGUGAAGGUGUUGUAAAUGAUGCGACAUCAGUGGUACUUUUCAAUGCAAUCCAGAGAUUUGACCUCUCUCAUGUUAAGUCAAAGAUUGCCGCACAGUUUAUGGGCAAUUUUCUUACACUGUUCAUCACAAGCACUUUUUUGGGAAUAGUGAUUGGAUUGCUCUGUGCAUACCUGAUCAAAAAGUUGUACUUAGGGAGGCACUCUACAGAUCGCGAAGUUGCUUUGAUGAUGCUCAUGGCCUAUCUUUCAUAUGUUAUGUCUGAAAUGUUCAACCUGAGUGGAAUCUUAACAGUGUUCUUUUGUGGGAUAGUCAUGUCGCACUAUACAUGGCAUAACGUUACUCAAAGUUCUAGAACGACUACCAGGCAUGCUUUUGCAACAUUAUCAUUUGUUGCAGAGGCUUUUAUCUUCCUUUAUGUUGGGAUGGAUGCAUUAGACAUUGAAAAAUGGAAAUUCGUAAGUGAAAGCCCAGGAAAAUCCAUUGCAGCGAGUGCAGUUUUGUUUGGCUUGGUUUUGGUUGGAAGAGCAUCUUUUAUAUUCCCUCUGUCCUUCUUGUCCAAUUUUACAAAGAAGUCAAAGAGUGACAAAUUUGAUUUGAAGCAGCAGGUAACAAUUUGGUGGGCUGGAUUGAUGCGAGGUGCAGUGUCCAUGGCAUUAGCCUAUAAUCAGUUUGCAAGGUCCGGCCAUACCCAACAGCCUGGGAAUGCGAUUAUGAUCACUAGCACCAUCACUGUUGUUCUAUUCAGUACCAUUGUGUUUGGGUUGAUGACGAAGCCUCUUCUAAAAUUCUUGCUGCCUCAGUCCAUAAUUCCCGAGCAUGGUAUGGAAUCUGAGACGGCUGGCACGAGACCCAUUCUGAUGCCACUUCUGGACGAUGAGGAAAAUGUAGAGGUUGGCAAGGAAAGUAGCAAUACUCGUCUUCCAUCCAGUUUGCACAUGCUUCUGACCACACCGACUAACACAAUACAUCAUUAUUGGAGAAAAUUUGAUGAUGCUAUAAUGCGCCCAGUCUUUGGUGGGAGGGGGUUUGCGCAGCUGGACUCCGGUUCUUCAGAAGAAGCGAGUGAAUAGUAGUGGCAGAAUAGACAAAAAAGUUAAUUGGAGUGGCAUAUACAGUACUGAAUAUGCACCCUUUUCCGCAGUGGAUAGGAUUCUGCAGAUCACAUGUGGCUUUGCUUUGCAAAAUCAAGCAUGUUUGUCUUGGAAGUCUCCUAUUGCUGGGAUUUGGAGGGAGAGCUAAAAUUUUCCCGAGCAAUACAUGCAGAAACUUAACAGUGUAGUGUUUGGAUAGAGUAUUAUUUGAAAUAUUACUUGUAUAACACUUUUUUGUGAUACGAGAUGUACGUGAGAUAAAAAGUUAGUUAGGAAUAUAAAAAAAGGUAUAUUGAAAAAUGUA